AUGAAAUAAAAGAUUAGUAACAGCAAUAUUAUUCUUUUAUGUGGAGCUAUAGUAUUAUUUAACAAUCUUUCAUAUUUGAAUCUCUAAUUUUAUAAUGAUGAUUAUUUGAGUGAUGAAGAGAUAUCUAUAAUAUCUACAGCCAUAUCUAAAUUUGCAAACCUUUAAACUUUUGUGCUUAUUUUUGGAAGUAAAUUGAUAACAAAGAAAAGUUUUGAUACUUUAAGUUGUGCUUUAGGUCUAUGCUCAAAUCUCUAAAAUUUAGAACUUUAAAUCUCGGUUUCAAAAGAUUUAGCCUCUAACCAUGGUUUAAUUUCAGGAUUAGAAAAAUGCAAUAAUCUCAAGGAUUUGAAGUUAGAAUUAUCGUCUUUUUCAUUGAACAAGGAGCAUAUAUAUAAUAUUUGUUCUUCUUUAUCAAAAAUCGUCAACCUUCAAAAUUUAUAUUUAGGACUUAGUUACAGUUCGCUUAACGAUGAUUCAGUAUCUGGUUUAGAGCUCUUGGCUAACUGCCCUAAGAUAAUAGGUUUAGAUUUAAACUUAAUUGGUAAUAAGAUUAGUGGGCUGAGUGAGUUUGGAUUAAAGUCUGCAUUAGCAAAAUGUGUUAAUCUUUAAAAGCUUUCUCUUCUUCUUGAUUAAAAUUCAAUCUACAAAGAAGGUUUUAGCAAUUUAAGUACUGCUUUUUCUUAAUUAACCGAAAUUAGAAGAUUAAAAAUCGACCUUUUUAUGAAUAGUGUUUCUGAUUUUAGUUAAGUAUUGCUAAGCUGUUCAAAAUUGUCUUCCUUAAGUGUAAAUUUAUGUGAUACUAAUAUAGAUGAUGAAAUCUUAAGCUAAAUAUGUGCUCAAAUAGUAAACUUGAGUUUUCUAAAUGAAUUGAGUCUAAACUUAGGAGAAAAUAGUAUUACUGACGAAGGGGCAUCAAAUUUAGGUUCCUCUCUUGCAAAAAUAAAGAAUCUUACAAAUUUAGAGCUUUUUUUAUACAAGUGCUCUAUUGAAGAUACAGGAAUAUUAAAUAUUGCAAGUGGUUUAUAAAUGUGUGAUAAUCUUUAAACUUUAGUCCUAUCAACAUAAAAUGUAACCAUGUAAGCGAAAUAAAAUUUAAAGUUUAAAAUUAAGAAAAUAAAAAGAUUAAUCAAAAUUAAAUAAUAUUCUUGA